AUGAAAAUAGGGAGAAAGGAGAUUAUAGAUGAAGCAAAGAAGCAGCUAUGGCUGGCAGGGCCAAUGAUAUUUGUGUGUGUUUUUCAAAACAGCUUACAAAUCAUAUCUCUAAUGUUUGUUGGACAUUUGCAUCAUGAGUUGCUUCUUGCUGGUGCUUCUUUGGCUAUUUCAUUUGUCAAUGUCAUCGGUUUCAAUGUUUUGAUGGGCAUGUCAAGUGCAUUAGACACAUUUUGUGGUCAAGCAUAUGGAGCAAAACAAUAUCACAUGGUUGGAAUAUAUACACAAAGAGCAAUAUUGGUUAACACUCUUGUUAGUAUACCAUUAUCAAUUAUUUGGGCAUACUUAAAACCAAUUUUGAUUCUACUACAUCAAGACAAAACUAUUGCAUCACAAGCUCAACUAUUUGCACGUUACUCUAUUCCAAGUCUUUCUGCCAAUGGCAUUCUUAGGUGCAUUAUUAAAUUCCUACAAACCCAAAACAUAGUUUUUCCUAUGGUGCUUGCUAAUGGAUUCACUAGCAUAAUACAUGUUGUUCUAUGUUGGUCUUUGGUUAUAAAAUUUGGACUUGGUAUUAAAGGAGCAGCUAUUGCAAUUUGUAUCUCAAAUUGGCUUAAUGUGAUACUAUUGGUACUUUAUAUCAAAUUCUCCUCUUCAUGUAAAAGGACCUGGGUUGGUUUAUCAAUGGAAUCCUUGCACAACAUUCCUCAAUUUCUCAAACUUGCUUUUCCUUCUGCAGUCAUGGUUUGCUUAGAGUCAUGGACAUUUGAGCUAAUGGUACUCCUGUCUGGUGCUCUUCCCAAUCCAAAAUUGCAAACUUCUGUACUUUCGAUAUGUGUUAAUAUAUCUGGUAUGUUCUGGAUGGUUCCAUUUGGAGUUAGCGUUGCUGGAAGUACAAGAAUCUCAAAUGAACUAGGAGCUGGAUGUCCAAAUGCUGCAUAUUUAGCUGCCAAAGUGAGUUUAUUCAUAGCCUUCACAUGUGGAGUUUUAGAGUUCACUUUCAUUAUGUCGGUUUGGAAAGUUUGGGGCAAAGCUUUUAGUAACGUACAUGAAGUAGUCACAUAUGUUACUUCCAUGACACCAAUUGUUGCAACCUCUGCCUUCGUAGAUUCAUUUCAAACAACACUCCAAGGGGUUGCCAGAGGAUGUGGUUGGCAAAAGCUUGGUGCAUAUGUUAAUCUAGGAUCUUAUUAUCUUGUUGGCAUUCCUUUUUCUGUUCUAUUUGCUUUUGUCUUCCACAUGAAGGGACAGGGGCUAUUUUUAGGUCUUAUAACCGCACUUAUGGUGCAAGUUGUGUGUUUUCUUAUUGUCACCUUGCGCACCAAUUGGGAUAAAGAAGCAAAUAAGGCAGCAAUACGAGUUGGCGGCAGUGGAGUCCAAGUUAAUGUACUUCCACAUGAGCAAAAUGUUGUUACUCUAUAGUUU